AUGGCCACCAACGGAGCCCCGACAUUGCGUCCACAGGCAUUGGGGCCUGAGUAUGUCAUGGGCCCACCGGUCGUGACAUUGCCGACCGAAUCGCCAUUGGAGCAAGUCCAGUGCAUUGUGAGCUCGAUUGGCGAGCACGCUCAUCCACCGCACCACCAAUUGAGGUGGAAUUCGGAGAUGGUAUUGGCUCGCAUGCGAGAAGCCAUUGCCAUUUUCUACGCCCACCUGGCGUGCAUUGCCUCGUCAUUGGAGCUGCACCAAUGGAAGACGACACUCAUUGAGACGACACAGAUCAUUGACAACUACGUCACUGUGACAUUGGGAGAAGAUGGAGGAUUCAUCCACCUCGAUUGUCCGAUCAUCAUGGAGAUUGCAGAAAUGGUGCAUGACGCAUUGGCAGCGUAUUCGCGCCAAUACGUGAGAUUCAACAAUAAGAUUGGCGGAAUUGAAGUGCAACUUGGAUGGACGAUUGGAAAUAAGUAUUCCCGGACAUUGACUCCUGACGGAUUCCAAGUUCAUUGUGGAUUCGCCAAUUGCGUCUUUCUCAACCUAUUGUGGGUUUGCAACCGCUGCAUUGGGGCGAUGCGCGAGACAGACAUUGUGGACAACAUUCCCAUCUUUUCGCCAAACUUGGCGUUUCUCAUUGUCGACAAGACAGUUGAGUGUUACAACGCAUUGAGAAGCAUAUUUACGCGUUCCAUUGCUGUGGAGGGCUUGAUGGAUUGGUUCUGCUGUAUUGCUCUUCCAGCAAGUCUGAUUGAGUCACUGAAUGCUGGAUUGACCACGGCCCAGCAAAGAGAAUUGGUGAAGAUUCUCAUUUUCAGACCAUUGAAGCGCAUGACUGAUACUCGAUUGAAGACUCCCGAUGGUGUGGGAGGCUUUGCAUUGUAUCAUAAUUGCUCUUUUCUGUCAAGCUCAUGGUGCCUAACCAUUGACAGCCAGCAGCAGCAGAUUGGCACGUACACCUACAUUCUGGAUGGAUUGGUGCGCCAACACACCAUUGUGUUGGAAUUGCCUACCUUGACUGUUGAGUCAUUGGCAUCGAUGAUUCACAACAGCAGCUAUGCGAAUUGGUUUCCAACGGAGACGGUGCAUCGCCAUUGCACCUUGCCAUUGACGCAUCUGGAGAUUGAAGGAACACCGGAAUUGUACCAUCUUUCGGAAAGUUGUGCAGAGAUUGCUGCGGAUGACAUUGCCAACAGCGCAAGUGCAGGCAUUGAUUCGAGCACAGAUUCAGUGCCAUCCUCAUUGACCAGAGAGGAGUACAACAUUAUGUUGUCUACUGCCGCUGCGAUUGCGAAGAAGCGCAAAGGAGACAAGGACAGUUGGGAAGAUUGGAACUGGCAGUUGAGAUUCUACGUAAAAAUUCAUUGUCCAUUGGCUGUGACCAUCCUGGACACUGCGUUGGCAUUGGAUAUUGCUGUAGACGAUUCAAUCAUCAGUUCAUUCUCGAGUCAAGAUUUCCCUGAAGAAAGAUUGCUUGAAUUUUCCACUGAAUUGCAUUAUUUGCUUGUGAAGAUCACGAAAGGAUUUGCGGGAAGCAUAGUCCGUACUUGCAAGCAUGAGAACGGAAUGGAAACAUUGAGCCGAAUUUUCCUUUUUGAGUUUAGGAAGGAUUUCUUCGAAGAAGAUUUCAUUGCCUUCAUUGUCUUGAAGAAGAGAUAUGAAGCAUUGUCAGGCUUUCUUCGAUUGCAUCAGGAUGCAUUGGGAACAUUCGAUCGGGCCGUUGACUUAGUCAAGAGCUAUUGCAGAAGAGAAGCAUUGGAAGAUUGCAAGAAGAAGAGAGAUUUCGAGGCCUUACUACGCGGAGAAAAGGAGAUUGAUGAGGAACAGGAUGUCAAGGAGAUUGAGGAAGCACAGGAUUCAGCGAUUCCACCACACGACGAGCUCGAGAUACCACCCAGCCUUCCACACGCUGAGGGGACGACGGUGACAUACCUCUCCCUCUCACACGGCUGCUUUGAUGUGGAGGUGACGGCGCAACACUACAUACCCACGCCACUCACAGCAUCAGCAGGUCUCCCACCGCUCCACGUGACCCAUGUGGGCCAAAGCGGGCCUGUCGCUACUGCCCCACCCUUGACAGUAGGCCUGCGCGGCCGAUUAGCUCCACUAGGGCCGCCCGACAGCUGGGUACUCAUGAUAACAUACACCCCACCUCUCGACGAAUUCUGGCCACACAGCAUGCUAGUGGCCGAGGGGGACUCCUUCUUGGUGCAACUCACACCUGAUGGAUGGCAACUGACCAUCGACAAGCAAGUACCUUCGGCAGCUCGAGAGACCAGACGGGGGGAAAAGCCUGCGCCACAGCAACAGCCAAAACCCCGUACCACUCCACCGGGGACGGGACGACCACCAACCACAGACAAGCAAGACACCGAGAAACCCACCACGGAAGCAUCGAGCAAGCAACCAACAUCCUCCUCUGCAGACACAUCAAAAUCCCCCCCCACGACCCAGGGGGAACGGCGAGUCCACUUUGCUGCCGACACACCAGAACCACUACCACCCCAGCAACGGGAGGCCAAAGCCACAGCCAGGAACUUGAUUGCUUGCGAGAUUCUUCUGGCGAGCAUUGUACUGCUUUCAACCAAGAGCAUUGGAGCAUGUGUAUUGAUCCUUUAG